UCACAAUCUGACAAUUGACAUCCAUUAUUGAAGUUGCGUCACAAUGUCAUGAACGGGUAAAUAAAACCUAAGAAUUUUUAGUGGCAAAUAGUGCAUUAUUUUAGUGUUAUUUUUGGAGAAGAAACAAUAUUUAGCAUCUACCUCAAUGCGGCAAGGUUAGAUGUUAAUAGUAUCAUGGAUUUCUUGACGGUAAACCGUCAGGUAUCGUCAUCCUCCGAGAAAAAGGAAGAUGGAGUGGAAGUCAAUGAAGGUCUUGUGGUGGACAACUCCAAAUGUGUUCUGUAUAAAAUAGCAACAUUGUAUGCUGAGCAGCUGAUGAGUGAUCUCAUCCUUGAGGUGGGUGGAGUCGGCUAUCCAGCACAUCGGCUAAUACUAUGUGCCAGUAGUGAAGUUUUUCAGGUGAUGUUGAUGAACCGAGAAUGGAGCGAGUGGCGUGAGAGUCGCAUUGUACUCCAGGAGACACCUACAGCUACCUCAGUAUUCCCACACUUCCUUAAGUAUUUUUAUACUGGACAGAUUAGAAUAUCGCAUGAAACAGUGCUACCGAUACUUUCUCUAGGCGAUAAAUACAAUGUGAAGGACCUAGUGACUCUCUGCCUGACAUACAUGUCUCAGAACAUAGCGCAGGCUGCCAAGCGAGGACAGCUCAUCUCCUGGAUGCAGUACACCAUGGCCUGCGGACACAACGAAGUCGCUAAGUCAUGUCAGAACUUCGUGAAGUGGAACUUGGAGUGGGUGUGGUCCGACAGUGACCUCAGUGAGCUGGAGGGGGAGACCCUCGUCCACCUACUGCAACAGAGCGACCUCGUGCUGCAUAAUGAGAUGAGCGUGUAUGAUUUCGUUGUCCGCUGGCUAGAAAAGCAACGCGAGCGUCUGUCAGCGAGCGAGCUGUCGGAGGCCGAGGUCAAGGCGCACUGGGAGUCACUCGUCGCCGCCAUCUUCUCACACGUCAGAUUCCCGAUGAUGUGCCCCAAUCAACUAGCGCAGUUGUUGCUAUGUCCCCUGACUCAGGAACAUAAGGACUUCUUCAUGGAGCGGAUGGCAAUCGCCAUGAGUUAUCAGUCAGGCCAGCUGGAGCGCGUGUCGGAGAUCCAGGCGACGGAGGCGGGGCGCAUGUUGUUCACGCCGCGGCUGUACACGGAGGACACGUGGGGCUCCGUGCUGGCCGUCGACAACUUCCACUCGCUGCCCUGCUACCACACAAGGACCUUCAUCUUCUCCACGCGGCCCUCCAUCGCGGACGUGGCCCCGCAGGACAAGCUCAUCGAGUGGACAGUAGACUUGUAUCCCAAAGGAGUUUGGUUCAGGAAGAGCUUGCUGAUCGUCUGGGCUGGGACCUAUGAUAUACCCGAGGUAGUGCUCCGUACAGUGCGCAUCUCCGUGACGUGUCAGAACAGUCCGGAGUUCACAGUCAACGAGGACGGGGAGACUGAACAACUCGAACCUGAUGUCAGGGUUAAGAUCGGCAUCCUAGUGUGGGGUGUGGAGAAGGGAGUGGAGCACGUGUCCUCCGUGGUAGAGCGAGUACAUCGUUUUUCAGCACAGAACAGAGUGUUGAACAUAGACGACGCGUUGGACUUCGACGCGUUGAACACUCCGCUGUACACGCCGUGCUCCCCGCCCGGCGCGCCCCCGCCGCCGCCGCCGCCCACCCUGCCCGCAGCCGGGAACAACUACUCGGUUAACAGUGUGAGUUCCAAGCGUUGCAACAAGUGCUCCGACUAUGAAGCCCCCGAGCCGAGGCAUCUGUUGGGACCUCAUAAGGACCAGCUUAGGAUACAAGUAGUGAUCGUGCCUCUAACAGACUACUCCCACGUAGGAGCGAACGACACACAGGGAUGACCUACAACAGUAGCGCGCAUCUACUGCGCGGGUGUGGCAUACCCGGACUGAGAGACACAUAUCUCUCAGCACCGCCUGCGAAGCGUGAAGGCAAGUUCGAUGGAACAUUUUCUUUGUUUUAGCUAAAUGUAUGCUAUUAAAGUUUAAAAUCGUUUGUCAACUUAUCAAGGCCAGCCCACUGGAUAGUAAUUUGUAUUCUACGCUGUUGUGUUAAAGUUCGUUAUUGUAUGUUGUUGAUCGAUUGUGUACGAGGUUCGAUUACUUUUAAGUUUUCGAUUUGUGAGUUUCAGUCUUAGUCGGGGUUUUGAGUGUACAUAAAUGGCAAUAAUAAUAAUAAAUAAGAUAUCACGGACUUGUCUAUGUGCUAUAUAGUUUUUAAUAAGAUUAUGUUUUUAAUACGUCCAAAGUGCGUUCGGCCUUAGAACUCGAAAUUCUAGCUUAAUUGUUUAGUAGUUAAUUUUAAUGCAAUUCGAAAUAUUUUAUGAUUAUUGAAAAUGAAAGGCGAUUUGUAAUGACCUCAAGUUUUGUUAACAAAAGUGCAUUAUAGUUGGGAUGGUAACGGCACUAAAUAAACAAAUACUUUAUGAAUAAAGUUAAAGUUUAAACGUCAACAAAUCUUGUUUAAAGUAUUUAAAGAUCAAUGUCUGUCUGGUAGUCCCUUGGUGACGGUAUUUUACCAUUCUUAAAUGUGUCUAUGGAAAAUAAAAAGCAAGUGAAUUAAUAUCUAAUACAUUACUUCAUGUAAAGUUACUACCGUAUUAAAUUAUGACUUAAAAGUUACAAAAAUUAUCCUUUCUGACGAUUUGAUUAUAGUUAAUAUAGUCCGUCAUCGUUCCCAUUAUAAAGCUCUUUCGUUUAUAUCGCCAUGCGCUACUUUAUGUUGUAAAAAUAAUGUAAUAUGUUAUAGUAUGUUGUAUGCUAGAUUAAUUUACUUAGCAAAGAAUUAUAUAAUUAUUAUAUCUAUAAAAUGUACAAGGUGUAACGAAAAAGGUAUAUAAUUAUCAAUUUUUUUAAGGAAUAGUAGGCAAACGAGUAGAUGGAUCACCUGAUAGUAAGCGAUCAGCGCCGCCAUAGGAGUCAUAAGUGCGUUGCCAGCCUUUUAAAAAGGAAAUUAUAUAUUAUGGUUUCUUAAUUCUACCUAUAUCUAAUCUAAAUAGUCAAAACUUAAAAUACUUUUUAAAACAUUAAUUCAGAAACAGAGAUUCUCUGAUAAACUUGAACCAAGUAAUAUGCGAUCUCCAACCUGUCUGCCAUGCGUAGAAGUUAUGACAAACUUCUUUUGUGUAAGGGCCGAAACACAUAACCGCCGCCGCAACGCUAAAAUCUGCAGUUUGCGUUGCGGCGUUGUGAAUUAAGAGCGUUUUAUUGUCGUUCGGUACCGUAACCAGUUCGUCGUGAUUUUUUAUUGUGGAUAGACGUGUCUCUGCCAUGGACCAUCGUGAAAAACUUAUUGCUUAUUUGUUAUUAAGAAGACAUUACUCUGCUAUGCUGGAACGAGCGCUGCGUAGCGGCGCCGCGCCGCUUAAAUCGGCAGUGAUGCUACUGUCGAUUCUAGCGACGCGGCCCCGCAACGCCAUUAUGUGUUUUGGCCCUAAAGGAGUCUCAAAGACUAGAAGUCGACUGUCACUUACAUACAUAAAUAACGACACGCCUAUCUCCCAUGGGGGUCUGUUAAUUAUGGUGAUUAAACUUUGUAUAGUGUUUCUAUACCAGGUAUAUUUUAUCUAUGCGUUCCAACGACCUAGCGGGUUGUUGGUUCUUGAAACAGGAGUAGGAAAUGGGUGAUUUUUAGUCAGUAAGAGUCUGCCAUUCUCUUUCGCUUCACCCAAAGCGGAAAAGUCAUUGGAAGAAUUUCCCCUAUUUAAAAAGAGCAAUAUUCUAGCUAUAAGGUUUUCGUUACAUCCUGUAUUAUGAGGCUAACUAAUUAUGACUGUUUUAAAAUUUUAUUUGAGACGUUUUAGGUUAUUUUAAGUCAGUACCUGCGCGAUGAUUUGCUGAACAAAAUGUACUAGAAAUAUCAAGUUUUAUUUACCAUUGCCAUUCUGUUAACCACUUGAAUGCCAAUAGGUAUAAAAGAUGCAAUAGAAAAAUGUGAUAAAUGACGGCGAUUUUACAAUACUAUAAGUACCUAAGUUACCUUUAAAUAAGGUUCAAAUUCGCUCAAUCAUUGACAUAUUUCAGCAAAUCUUCGGUCGCGAAAAAGGUCGUUUAGUAUUGUUGUGGAACUGAAUAUUUAAAUAUUAAAUAGACAUAUUAUAUCAAUGCAUAUAAGUUAAUGUUUUAUAACAUAAGGAGGAUUUGUGCUCAUACGCAGUUUAUAUAAUAUUUUGUGCACUUUUUGUAUAUUUUAUUAUUUAUUAUGGCAUUAGUA